UUGGAUCUUGUGCAGUGUUGGUGGUGAACAUACCCUGGAUAGCUGCUAAUUUUGAUCGACAAUAAAUUCAGCCAUACAGAUUGAUAUCUCAGUUUUAUCUUCCAAUGUCGUUGCUCAGUGGGAGGGACUUGCAGAUAAUGCGCCUCUCUUCCAGCUUCUGUCAUUCUGUGGAUAUUGUUUGUUGUCACAAAGAUGGAGUUCUUACUGGGCAAUCCGUACAGCACUCCUGUGGGCCAGUGCUUAGAGAAGGCCACGGAUGGCGGCCUGCAGGCUGAGGACUGGACGCUCAACAUGGAGAUCUGUGACAUCAUCAAUGAGACGGAGGAAGGGCCUAAAGACGCCAUCCGGGCGCUGAAGAAGAGACUGAGUGGGAACAGGAACUACCGGGAGGUGAUGCUAGGAUUGACGGUGCUGGAGACGUGUGUAAAGAACUGCGGCCACCGGUUUCACGUCCUCGUGGCUAACCGGGACUUCAUUGAUGGUGUCCUCGUCAAAAUCAUCUCCCCCAAAACCAACCCCCCCACCAUCGUACAGGACAAAGUCCUGGCUCUGAUCCAGGCCUGGGCGGAUGCCUUCAGGAGUAGUCCUGACCUGACGGGGGUGGUCCAUAUUUAUGAGGAGCUGAAGAGGAAAGGCAUAGAGUUCCCCAUGGCUGACCUGGAUGCUCUGUCACCCAUCCACACACCACAGAGGGGUCUACCAGAGGUGGACCCAGCUGUACUAAAGUACAAAGCCCCCAUCCAGCCCCUCGCUGCAGCCACAGCCACCCUCCCCAAGCCUGUAGCCGCCCCGGCUCCGGCCCCCGCCCCCCUCACCCCUGUCCUACAGAUACCACACAUCCCCAACGUACAGGGCCCUAUCACCGCCAACCCUGAACAGAUCGCCCGGCUGCGCAGUGAACUGGACAUUGUGAGGGGAAACACCAAAGUGAUGUCAGAGAUGCUGACUGAGAUGGUGCCUGGACAGGAGGACUCCUCGGACCUGGAACUCCUUCAGGAGCUGAACAGGACGUGCAGGGCCAUGCAGCAGCGGGUGGUGGAGCUGAUCUCCCGGGUCUCCAACGAGGAAGUGACAGAGGAGCUGCUGCACGUCAACGACGACCUCAACAACAUCUUCCUACGAUACGAGAGGUAUGAGAGGUACCGGUCGGGUAGAGCGGCUCAGAAUAACGGGAUGCUGAGUGAAGCCACAGAGGACAACCUGAUAGACCUAACACCAGGCUCGCCCGCUGUGGUCAGCCUCCGAGCCACCUCCACACCCCCGUCCAGCAUCCCCCCUGUGACCGCCCCCAGGGCUGGAGCUACAGCCUCCCCUGCCCGGACCCUGAUCCAAGACCCUACCUCUGGUCCCUUAACUCUGUCCACUCAGCUCGCCGGCCUGG